AUGCACGUUGAUGGUGUCGAGUUCCGCGAUGUACUGGUGUGCUCGCUGCCCGAGACGGAUGCCGACAGCAACGACGAGAGUCGUCCCACCGCGCUGCUUUUGGUGUUGGAGGCGAGCACAAACGCUGCGGUGCCGCCGUCUCCGUCGACUAACCCGUCGCUUGCGCUGCUGCAAGCAACGGCCGCGGUCCAUCGGGCGUCCCAGCAACUGGUCGACAGCGCCGACGACGACGAGCAGGCGGCGCUACCGGCGGCACCGGGAGCGCUUGCUAGCACUGCCGUUUAUCGCCAGCUUGUCUUUGAAUCAACUGCCGAGUGUGUCAUGUCGUACAUGGCUGGCGGCACGCCUGACGACCUGGGUAUUCUCCUCCGCGGCAUCAACUCUUACUUUCGCCACUCGGACCAGACGCUGGUUGACAUUGCGCGUGAAGUUUCGGCGCUCGAUCCCGACGCAGGCAAUGAGACCGACCCAGCUCUCGACCCGGACCUCGAGGACUUUGUGCUCGUUGACCCAGCCGGCGGUGACGAUGGGCUCGCCCAUCUCGCCACGGCUGCGUUUGACCUUGGCUCGCUCCCACAGGCGGUGAGCAAGAUGAUGGAGCUCUCGGCGCCGGCCGAGCUCGGCGACGCCGGGCGGGCGCCGCUCAACGUCUACACCGCGCUCCGCAAGGGCCCGCUCGGCGUUCUGCUCGGCGCCCUGCCGUUCCGCCAGUUCAAGGUCCUCCUCAUGCGGUUUGUCAUUUCAAAGAUCUCGCUCGAAUCGCCGUCGUUUGACGCGCAGACCUUUGCGCAUGACCAGAUGACGGUCCGACAGGCCUUUGCCCUCCUCGAAGUGCUGCGACUGUAUGCACCCGAGUGGCAGUUUGCGCUCCUCAAAUCGAUUCUCUACACAGUCGGAGUGGUGCUCAAGCCGCUGCCGCCGGCAGUGUUGGCCUCCUCUCCGGGCCGUGCGCUCUUCCGCCUUGAGCAGCUCGACAUUACUGCCGUCACGAUAUCGACCUCGCUCCUCUUUAAGCACUACCACCUCGGGGUCAUCUUGCUCUCGCGGAUCCGCCUCGAGUCGGCUGCGCUCCGCGCCGCCAUUGGCGAGCCCGAAGAGGACCUUGUUGCGCGAGUCGCUGACGACUCGCCGCUCUUUUCUCUCCUUUACCGCCACGUCUACCGACCGUACCUCGUCGACGGCUCGACCAAAGACAUUGACAAGCCGCUCAAGUGUCUCUUUGCUGACCCGACGCUACUUCCGCUCAUUCCGGCACCGCUGCGGGCCCGGUUCGCCAAGUCGAUGCCCGAAGCCUCGGCUGGGAACGAGACUCCGGGCUCAUCUACCGCACCCAGCACGCCGCACUCGCCAGCCCUGAGCUCGGCACCGGGCACGCCGUCGUCCGUCUCGUCGGCCGCGUCGGCGUCGGCGGCCAGUGUCUCUGCAUCAGGCGCGUUGACCGCUCCGCUCGGCUUUGGCGAGGUCUCCGACGACUCGCUCGCCGCUCCUGGCGCGGGCGAGGCAUCUACAACAGCCGGCGGGUCAGGUGCCGGCGCCAGUGUCAGCGCCAGCUCGGGCCUGGGUCUCGACGAUGAGAGCCAGCUAGAGCGGCUGCGCGACCUCGAGCUCCAGUUCCUGGCCGACCUUGUCUCGACUUUUGACGCCCGCAACGACGCCAAGCGGUUCAAGUUCUUCCGCAAAAAGUCGCAGCGGCUCAACUUGCUCCUCCUUCUCAUCCCGCAAGUUCAGAUGGAGGCCUUUGUAUGCAAGCUCAUGGACGUGCCGGCGCCAAUUACUGGGGCACACGUCGGGGCGCUCACUGACGAGGGCGCGCGCAAGAUUGCGUCGAUCCUCGACAUGAUCAUCGAGCUCAAGCGUGCGGCCGGGGCCCGGCUCGAGGCCGACCUCAUCCUGCUCCGCGGCAUGUUUCUGCGGCUGACGCUUCCCGAGGAGGUCGACCCGUCUCGGACAAAUCUUGUCGAGCUCAUGCGUGCCAUCAUCAACGCUGUCACCCACUCGGGCCUCCUCGACUCGCUGCCCUGCCUCGUCGAGUGGCUCUCGCGCAUCUCGUCCAUGGUCGGCGCACCGAGCUUUGACUGGACGCCGCUCGACCUUUCCGAACUUUGCGAUGAGAUGGACAAGCAGUUUACCUACAUCAUCGAGUCGGUCGUGCCCGAGCUCGGCGAGCAGUGGUCCAAGAUUCAGGACAUGGAGUUUGAUCCCGGCACGACGCACUCGCUUAUCGCCUCGGGCGGGUUCUGGCGCGACAUGCCACCCGACUCGCGGCACCUGGAGCCGCUGCUGGAAAACUUGCUCUCACUCCGGCUCCUUGUCUCGGCCACCGUCGUCGAGCUCCACCGGCGGCAGAGCCAGUUCCUCGAAUCGUUCUCGCACGUCCGCCGCCUCCGCCAGCUUACCGGCUUCCAGAUUGUGACCAAUACGGUAGCGGCGCUUGGCUUUGUCACUGACGACGUUGACGUCUUUGGCGACGACACCCUCGCCGAGCUCAUGCAGCAGAUUUGGCGCGAGCGCCAGGUCCUCCGCGCCCAAGAUAAGGGCUCGCUCGACCUUGCCGUCAACUUUGCCGAGACCGGGACAAACCUCAAGAAGAUCAAGACCCGCAAGGGCAUGCUCCUCCGCGCACUCUCGCGGUUCGCGGCCGACCCGCACGACCCGAGCUCACUCGACGAGCUGCUGCAGAUCCGCGACGCCUGGUCGCGCGCCGCCGACCAGGCGCUCACCAUCAAGGAGACGCUCGAGAUGGUUCGUGACGAAAAGGCCGAGUGGCACGACGAGCUCUCGCUCACCCGCGCCGACCUCAACGCCCGCAUCGCCGACUACCACGCGCUCAUCGAGUCGCUCGAUCGCGACGUCGUCAACCUUAAUGCCCGCCUCGCGCUAGCCACUGUCCACGGCUUCCGCGCCGCCGUCCUCGACCACCUCGAGUCGUUGGUCCUGGCCGCAGGCUCCGAGACGGCCGCCGAACCAUUGCUCGAACUCAUGCAGGCGACCGAAGCGCUUCUGGACGAGGCCACCGCCUUUUCAACCGUAGACGCAGCCGCGAGCUCGAGCUCAGGCCUCUCGCGCACGUCAUCGGGUAUCGGCCGAGCCUCGGCGUCGACGUCGGCCUCGCUCCUCCGCUCGAGCUUUGAGAGUGAGGUAGCGCGGCGGACACGGUCGUUCAUGGCCCGAACACGCUUGCAACGGAGCGUGUCGGCCGAGGCCCGCCUCGCCCAGACCGCCACCGCUAGCUCAACCAGGCCGAGCGAGAGCGAGAGCAGGGCAACUCGGAUGCGCCGCAGCCUCCUCACUGUCGACGUUGGCGCGCGAGCUGUUGAUUCUGACGACGACCCUGACGACAGCGGUGGCGGAGUGAGCGGCGGCGGCGGUGGCGGGAGUGGCCGAAGCGGGCCGCGCGGCGCGAUCAUGUCGCCGCUGCGGACGAUGAUGGACGCCGAGGAUGCGGCGUCGGCAGUUGUGCCCGAGUCCUCGUACGCAGCGUCACCGUCGCCGUUUGCGGCGACCUGGUUCCGGGCCGGCGACUCGGGCGUCUCGGACUGGUUCAACCUCACCCGGUUUGGCGUCUCCAAGGCAGCGACGCUUGAUGCAUUUCGGCUUGUGCGCGCGCUCAAGACGUUGACGACACUUGCGCCACUGCGAGCACUUGGUGGCGCGCCGUCAGCCCUCAGUGCCUUUCGCAACAACGUCAAGGCCUUCACCUUUGCCUUUGUCAUGUACGCACAGUUUAUGGGCGUGGGCGGGACGCUGGCGUUUGCGCGCGAGUCGCGUGCGCUGUGGCUUUCUGGUGGACGCGGGGCGGAGCUGGCAGAGUCGAUCCACCCGGACCUGUUUGGGUUUUGCGCCGAGUACUUUGCGCGCAUCGAGGUUCUUCGCGCGCUGUCGUGGCGGUGGUGGAAGGGCUUUUCGUGCGUGCGUGUCUCGGCGCGGGUCGAGCGUGCGCGGGCCGAGCUCGCCGCCGUCCACGCCGACGUCCAGGCGCUCGAAGUCCAGCGCGGAUCGACGCAUGAGGCGCUCGGCGAGCUCAAGUUCUUCCUCUCGUCGUCGUUCACCUUUGCGGCCGAGGAGUCUGACGCGGCCGCAAGUCAGUUCAGGGCACGAAUCAAGGACAUUGUAGCGACGGUUCUUCCCGUCCUCGUCCUUGCGGCGCCUUCGCUGACUGGGUCGUACCGGGCGCCGCUAGCGACCCACGACACGCGUCAAGUCCAGCUCGCCGAGCGGGCAGCGUGGCUCAAGAUGCAGUUUGCGGCGAUUGACACGUCGCCACAGGCAGCCGACGCGCUCUUUGCCUCGCGCGAGACAGUGCUGAAAGCGCUCUCCGAGUCGGUUCCGGUCCUUGCCGGGCUUGUUGCGGAGGACGAUGCCGACAUUGCGGCGCUGCGGCGGCUGCGGUUCUACCUCGAGGGACUGGCGACGACGUUUGCCAACCCGGACGAGUCGCUCGACUCGGCGCUCGAGGACGCGCUGUCUGUGUAUGCGAGGCGGGUGGCUGUCGACGAGGAACUGCUGCGCGAGCCUGCGUGGCCGCUUGCCUCGCCGGCGCUAUCCGGCGAGUGGGGCGUUGGCGGUGCCCUUGAUGCAUGGGGUGAGACGACGCCGAGCUCGCUGCUCGACGACGCGCGAAGCGCCCUUGUCCGUGCCUUGGACGGAAUUCUCGCCAAGCACGACAACGCGACGGCAACGCCGCUGGUGCGGUCGCAGAUCCUGCUCAGCUUGCUUAAUCCACUCGAGGCGUAUGUGCUUAACGCAGGGAGCCUCUCGGUGGCUCACCAGCUCGCGCUGCUCAAGGCAGUGCUCGACGGGGUGGCGUCGGUGGUGGAAGCGCUCUCCGACUCGAAGCGGUUUGCGCUCAAGUUUGGUUCGCUCUACCCGAUCCUGCUCAAGAUCCGUCAUAUUGUGUCGACGGUGUAUGUGAGCGUGUGGCGCGACUGGCGGUACGCCGACGAACUCGGCGAGGGUCUCGGGCGCGACAUGUGCACCCGCCCGGUGGCGCCGCACGAGCCGACGCCCGCAGUCACCACGCUGCAGCUCAUGCGGUCACUGGUCCUCGAAGCCCACGAGCUUAUUAUGCUCAAGCGGUCGGUGGCGCAGAUCCAGACCGCGCUCCUCCCGCUCAAGCACAUGUUCCCAGGUGGGGCGGGCGCGAGCGGGAGCGGCGGCGGCGACGACGGCGGCUCGACGUCGUCGUCGAACCCAACCACGCCGGUGGCGAGCGGCGAGGCCGGGCUUGCAGAGGCAGCCGCGCAUAAUCGGGCGCUGGUGGCACAGGUUGAGAAUCUCGUGGCUCACCUCCGACCGCCAAACGUGGUCGUGGUCGAAGCUGAGGCUGAGGGCUCGAUGCUUGCAGGCUUCAACGAGCUCUACGACGUCAUUGUGCGGGUCAACGAGCUCGCGGGCGCGCUAGUCUCGCGACCGUCGGACCCCGCAGCCGACGAGUACUUUAACCUCCUCGUUGUCUGCCUUGCCAACAUCCGCGACAAUUUUGAAGAGUACGUCGACGACACGCGGCGGAUGAUUCGCAGCUACGCGGCGCUGCGGCUGCCGCGGUACCGAGCGUCGCUCAAGUGCGCGACACUGGGCGCGCGUCUCAUCCGACGCAGCUUUGCCCUCAUGAUUGUGCCGCUUGGCGGGCUGUCGUCGUCGGCGCCAAGCAGCCCGUCCAAGCCACCACCCGGAUCGCCGCGACGCGGGCCUGAGACUGACGCGUCGAUGGGCACCGGGCUCGACUCGCCGCGUCGGCGGAGUCAUGGGGUGCUUGCCUCUCUCGCGUCAUUCUCGCUCUCGCCUACCAAGCUUGUGGACCUGCGCGGGCUUGCAGGCGUCUUUGACCCCGCGCCGCGGUUUGUGGUCCACGAGUCGCUGCGGUACAAGGUAGCACCUGAAGCACCCGGCGUCGAGUUUGCGGUUGCGCAGCUGGCAUCGCUUUUGGAAGCCGGCCUUGCAGGUGAAGCCGGCCUGGAUGGCCACGGUUGGCAGGAGAUGCUGCUUGGCGGCGGGAUUGUGCCGUACGAGGUGUUCCGCAUCUCAAACGGGCUGGACGCCGACGCGGUGCUUGUCUCGCCGCUGCCGCGCGGGGUGGCGCUGACGCGGAUGCUUGAAGUCGAUCCGUUCUGCCUUGCUGGGCUGGAGAUGGAGGCGUUUGGAGUGGUGCUGACCAACGCGCUGCUGGCCAACCACGGUGCGGCCGGCCCACCCAACUACGUGGUCAGCUUCAGCGACGGGGUGCGUGUCGGGAGCGGUAGUCCGUACGAUGGGCUGGGGCUCUCGCUCAUUCCGACCAACGUGGCCGACGCGCUUGUGGACCCGAUUGUGCGGGUGUACUCUGGCGACGGCAGCUGCGUCCAGGCUGUGGCCUCCUUUGACCUCGUCUUUGUACUGCCACACAUGCGGCGGCCGCUGGCGGAGACCACGCUCAUGUCGCUGGCGGCGCUGCCGACCGAGCUGUUUGUGGGCGCGUGGCUCAAGGCGCUGCAGGACUCGCCGUGCGCGUCGGGCAUGGACACGAGUGUGGACAUUGCCGACGGGUCUGGGUGCGGCGGCGAGGCUGGCGAAGCCGGCUGGUCGGCCGAGUCUGGGCCGGGCCAUGGUGUGUUCACCGACGCCAAGCUCCACGCCAUGGGCCUCCCUCUUAAGCUUGUGAAAGGCACGCCGGUGCUGAUGUAUCGGCGGCUGAAGGCGAUACAAGCCGUGGCCGAGGAGGUGCUUGCCGGCGAUCGCGAGCAAGUGACCGGCGAGGAGCUGCUGACGACAAUGUACCCGCUGCUUGGGCGCGUAUACUCUGCGGCGCUCGACGCCGGCGAGGACGAGGCUUGCAGAGCGUUUGACGAUGCUGCAGGUUACAGCGAGCUCAACUUUGCCGCGGCAGUGACGGGCGCAUCGCUGGCGCUUGAAAGUGCUCGUGCGUUGCCGGAGCAGUGGGCGGACGACGGUGAGGACUUUGGCGAUGGCGCGGGGCCAGUGCUGUGGCGGCGCAACAUGGUGGCGUCCGACUACGAGCUCGAUCGCGUGCAGGACGUGGAGCGGGCGGCGGAGGACCUCAUGGGCGAAGUCACGUUCUCGGAUCUGGCUGUCGGACCCGGGGCCGCAUCGCGCGAGGCUGCGUACUGGGAGUGGGUCAAAACCAACCGCGCGAUGCGACGGCUGAGCCUGCGACAGACGAGGAGCAUCGACGGUGACGAGGUGGUCCGAUUGGCAAACGACAGGCGCUACGCCGGGCUCCGCGAGAUUUUCCUCGACGGGAAUGCCGAGGUCCGGCUCGGGGCGGUGCAAGCGCUGUUGCGACCGCCUGUGCACGCAACGCCGAAUCGAGUGCUGGUGCGCGAGCUGGCGGUGAGCGGCGAGAGUGGACGGUUCGAGCUUGUGCUCAACGACGGAUCGCACUUUGAGUUUUCAACAACACCGGACAGCGCGCUGCUCGAAUGGAGUGAUCUCGUCGAGCUGGUGCGAGCGCUUGUGCGUGUUCGUGACGCUGAGGGCCUGGGCUUUGUACUGGGCGAAAUGGCAUUGGUGGCGGGAAGCCGGGCUGAUCUGGAAGCAUUUGUCAACACACGCGUGUCGACGUCGUCCAGAGCAGUGGCAGCGACAGCGCUGCUAAUGGCUGUCGAAGCACAGGAUCUUGCACUGGUCACGCUGCUGCUGGAGCAUGGAGCCAACGUCGACGACGUUGACUCUGAACAAUCACGGCGGUCUGCGCUGCACCUGGCGUGCCUUCACGCUGGACCCGAGCUUGUGGCCGAGCUCCUAGCAUGGGGCGCUAACCCGCGGAGCGUGGACGUCAACGGCAAGAGCCCACUGCACUACUCUGCCGAGUACGACCGGGCGAGCGUUGUCCCGCUUCUGCUACUGUACGAUGCAUGGCGCGGGCGGAGCGAGGGCGGGUGGCCAACUCGGGUGGCUGAAGUGGAGGCCGCGCUCGAGGCCGUGUCGGUGGUGCCCAACCGGGAGACCGGGAGUGGAAGUCUGCGGUACGAAUGCUAUGUGGCACGAAGCGAGGGUUGCGACGCCAGCGAGGCCUUGGCACGACAGCAGGCGUACACUGACAUGGCGGAGGCGACCGACGUACGGUGCGCACUGCACUAUGCGUGUUCGUCCGGCGUAGUGGACUCGGAGCGGUGCGAGCUUGUGGCACUGCUGCUGGGCGCCGGUGCCGACCCGGACGUGUCGAACCCAGAUGGGUGGACGGCACUGCACUGGGCAGCUCGGGCUGGGCGUGCGCCGGUCGUACAAGCACUCCUGGACGCGGGCGCCAACGCGAGCGCGGCAACGCUGCAGGGUCGGACGCCGCUGGACGAAGCAGUAGAGUUUGGCCACUCGCGGGUGGUGCGUCUGCUGCUGACCGGCCGCGACGACGGGAGCGAGGGCGAGCCAGAGGCCGUGAUCGAUCCGCUAGUGCGACUGGCCCGGCCGUCUUGCUCGCACGCGCUUGUCAGUGUUCGCGAGCGGGCACUAGCAUGCGUCCGGGUGGGUGGCCUGCUCGAGGCGAGCAAGGCACACAGUAGCGCGGUGGUGUGCUACCAGGCUGGGGCAGCGCUCGUCGGCAUUAUGGCGGAAGGCGGCGACGCACCGGCUGACGUUCUGCGCGAGUACGUUGUGUCGAGGGCCAAGGCAGCCGAGAGCACUGCGCUGCGGGAGCGGGCCGUGAUGUCGGGCGACUCCGUGCGGGAUUGGCUCGUGCGGCUCCGGAAUGAGCUGGUGGAAAGCAGCGACAUCGAAGAGUACUCUGCCGGACUGCGCGAGUUUUUGUCGGUGCUUGUGGCAUCGUGGGUGGAGAGCGGGGGCGAGCCGCCUGUGAUGGACGUGGUGGUGCGCGGGGAUGUUGCACGCGGCGAGGCUGGUGCCGGCGCCACGCUCGAGUUGGGCGUUCUUGUUGCUGACGAGAGCGAAGAGGCCGUGGCGUAUGCAUCAGCGCUUCUCGAAGGGAUUCGCGGCCAGAUUGCGGCAUCAGGCGAGUGCGUCGGCGUUCUCGGAGCCGAGCUUGCUCUGGAGAGUGGUCGAUCCGGGGUUGGGUGCGCGGGAGUGCGCACUGACGUGGGCGUGGCAACGGUUAAGGGCGCGUUGGAGGCGGUUAAGCGGGCAGAGAAGCGAGGGAUCGGUGUGGCCGAGCUUGUGCUGCACCUUCGGAGCAGCAAAGCUGUGUACGUUGUGGGCGGGAGCGACGGCAAGUUUGUCAACCUCACAUCCGAGCUCCGCACCGCGCUGGAGAAGCACCUGUCGUCGUCGUCGAUGUGGAAGCUGUCGCUUGGGACGAAGCCGCGCGUGCGGGUGGCACAGAGCGCGAUGGCGUGUGCGAUCGGGUGCGUGGUGCCACCGGGCGGGGGGGAUAGUUGGCAGAACGUGUGGCGGGUUCCGCGACUUGUGGUCGAUGCGCUGGCGGUGUACCACGGGGUGACUUCGGAGGCGCAGCACUUUCGGUCGCAGCUCGCCGAGCUUGCGGCUGGCGGAGCUGUGGCCGGCGAGACUGCCGAGCAGUGGAAGGAGUACUUUGUGACGGCAAGCCGAUGGGCGACGGCAGCCGCAGCCGGGCGUGCUGACGCGCGCGUGACCGAUUGGCUUGGCGAGCGGGCACGGAAUUGGGUUGACACGGCGAUGGCGUGGCUGGCCAACGGCGAGCUGCAAGGGUCCGAGGUGGCGACGUUUGUGGCAGAGCCGUGGCGCGGCAUGACUGUGGGCAUUAUCGAUUUGGAGCCGAUUGUGGCGUUUCCGCGAGCAGGAGUGAUGGCCGAGAUUGCGCGGGGGUCGUCUGGGGCAACAUCGAUGCACGCACUGGGCCUGUCAGCGCGAGCGGUUGCCGAGGCGUAUGCCUCGGGCGACUUUUCCGGGGCGCGGUCGCUGGCCAAGUUUGUGCGGCCGUUUGGACAGAGCUCACUGUGGGAGGCAUCGAUGGGGGUGCUGUUGGUACUUCUGGCGUCGUCGACCGGGCAGUGGUCGCGUGCUCUGGAAGCGCACGCGGAGUGCAUCGCGUGUCUGGAUGCAAUGGACGCGCUGAUGAAGCGGGCAAGCACAGCGUCGCUGGCGCUGCGGGCGCAGGUCGAAGCGGUUUGCGCGCUGGUGUGUCGCUCUGCCGGCGACGCGGCUGCCAGCGAGGCGGCCGGACUGCGGAUGGCAGACGCCGUGGCGCGACAAAACUGCAGCUCCAGCAGCAGUCUCCUCGUCCUGCCAUCUGCUGUGGCGGCGCGAUGCACGCGGCGCGAAGUCUUCGAGUGCGUUGCACAGUAUGCGUCAGGAAUGCCGCCGAUCUGUCGCCGCGCCAUGGACCGGGUGUGGGGCGGAGAGGCCGAUGCCGAAGUCAGCAGCGAGGCGUCCGGGCGGAGGCUGUUCCCGGUGGGGCAUGCGCUCGCUGAGGUGUAA